AUGCAAAGAUCUCAUUUCUAUCUCACCAUUAGUGCUCAACUUAAGAAGCUAGCUAUACGCCAUCUAGAACACCUCGCUACACUGAUUCUCGAGACUAAUAGAAACAAGGUGUUUUCUACACCAUUCUUGGCUAAGUACAAAUCGGCUUUUGUGCCCAUUGUCUACACGGCCAGCGUACCUCGCUUAGUUUCUGCUGUCAAUGUUUUUCCACGAGUUACGCUCGAAGGCAAUCUGAUCAGUAACACCGACUUCGGCAACCUAACCAUCGCACCAUGGUUUGCAGAGAAUGGCUAUAGAGGAGCAACCUGGCAACUUACCACGAAGGGUUGCUACCCCGGACAAUGCAUUCAGGCCAACGGCCCAUCUGGUUAUGGUUACGGACAAACCUUUUCACAAACCGUCACUGUCCAGGCGGACAAGAGAUACACAGCUGUUAUAUAUACUGCGAUCGACUAUUCCCUCACCCAAUGCCGCGUAAAAAUGCUCUGGGAUGGCAAAGAAAUGAUCACAUAUACUCUAACAAUCAUGUGGUCGAACCUCGCCAGGGACAUGCCAGUAAGCACGACAACAUCACGACAUACAUUUGGAAUACGCAUGAACUGUGUUGGCGCUUCCGGAAAAUCAUCUUGGAUUAAGAUUGAUAGAAUUUAUCUCAUUCCAUCUGUUUAUAAGUGA